UGAUACCUACGAAGUAGUUCUAUUAAAGUUGAAUGAAGUAUUUCGAUUGAUCCGUUUGAUUGACUAUUGUUCACAGUAAUGUAAUGGGGAUGAAUUUGAUGGAAUUUUAAAAAUUCUUGAACAACCGAAUUUUUCAAUUCGCUUUUAACCUAGAAGCUGAAACGAGACGUUUGUCAUUGAAGUUGUUCAAGUAAGUACAAUUCAGUACGCCGUACUAAUAUAUACUUCCAAAUUUCGAGGUAAGUGCUUCAAUCUAACAAGUUUCAAUUAAAUAAAUAAUGCAUAUAUUAUUUUAUCAGAAUGCCUAAAAUAAAGAAAUGUUGUGUACAAGGAUGUACCGAUAAGACAAGUACAAGACAUCGUUUCCCUAUGAGAGAUUUGGAUUUAUUCGAUAACUGGCUCCAAAUUAUCCAACCAAGAAAUUGGCAACAAUUGAGUAGGCAUCGAAUUUAUGAAGGUUAUUUUGUGUGCCAUUCACAUUUUGAUAAAAAAUAUCAUUUUCCAGGAAGCCAUCGUGGUCUCACUUGUAAUGCCAUACCUACAAUCGGUAUUCCAGAUAUUAAAGACAAAUGCAGUUUACCUUCUGAAGCAGCAGACACUGCCGAAUUAAUUUUAUUUCUGGAUAAAUUAUUCGAUUCUCUCAAUGUAUCGAAGAUUCGAAAUACACAGGGUAAGUUUUUGAAGGAACCAAUAACCACAAAAUCGGAACAUGAAAUGUUUUGGAAAAAAUCAAUAAAAAUUUUUGAAAACAUGUAUUUCUAUGAUGAAAAAAAACAAAAAAAUGUGGUGGUACCUACCAUAAAAAAUUUUAUUUUGACUUUAAAAGCUUUCGUUUACCUUAAGAGGAGGUUGUUAACUGAAAAAAAUUUCAAGUAUAUCUUGACUGGUGCUUUCAAUCAAGAUUGCCUUGAAAAUUUUUUCAGUUAUAUCCGAGGGCAUGGUGUAAGGAACACUAAUCCAAAUAUUGGCCAGUUUAUGUCCUCUUUCAAAUGCCUUACUUUGAAUAACUUCAUGUCCUCCCAUUCUGUAGGUUCCAACUGUGAAGAGGAUUUAACAUCACAUUGUUUGGAUAAUCUAAAAUCAUUUGUUUUAUCAAAAUUUCCUCUACCUCAAAAUGUUGUGCUUGAAAAUUUAAAUAUAGUUAUUCCGAAAUUAAUAGUCCUUGAACAAAAAUCAAAAUUUAGUAGAUGUACUUUAGUUUAUAUGUGUGGAUUCAUUUGUACAAUUUUAUUUGAAGAUAAAUUGAUCAAACAAUGUGAUAAGUGUAAAAAAAAUUUAACCUUUAACAGUGAAGAAUUGGGGGACAUGGAUUUUAUUCAGGUAAGGCAGUAUAAACACGGAAAGUUGACAAAACCUGGGCAAUGUGUAUCAUUUUUAUUUCGGCAUUCUCUAAAUUAUCUUUUCUAUAUUAUUCCGCGAAUUUGUGAAAAAAAAAACAUUUCCCUGUAUUUAAAAUCGUUUUUAAUGAAAUAUUUGGACUUCAAAAUUUUAAAUUGUAAUGAACAUAUGUUGGGGGAAAAAGUAUGUGAGACAAUAAUAAGGUGUUCCUUGCACUGGUGGUGCAAGCAGGUAAACGAAAUUAUGAGUGGUACCGACACAAAAUUUUCCAAGUUCCUUCUAACUUCCCCUAGUGAAGAAUUUAUUGAUCCUAUAAAAAUAGGGGCAAAAAGGAUCUUUGAUACAAAGAGAAAAAAGAAAUGAUUUAUUUAUUUAAUUU